UCCAGUGCAGGUGGCGUACAUCCUGAUCAUUUGACAACAUUCACCGUCUUUUCUUACAGAAAACAAACAUGUAAUAGAUUUUUACAGAGCGAGAUUUUUGUCCAUUACGGAGCAGACUAGUUUGUGGCGGGUGUAGACUAUUUCCUGGAGACAUUAAAGUCAACAGAAGGAAAGCACAAACGGCUUAUUUGCUGAUGGACGUAUUAUUGUGCGUUUUGGUUGUGCCAUCGUAUUGCUAUUUUGCUCCGUCGGUAUGGACAUGUAGCUAAUGUGGAGUUGUCUGUAAAACAUCGUCGACUUUCUCCAUGUUGAAUAGUGUGUUUUGUGCUCGGAAAGGGAACUGAGGUCGCACACCCUGCAGGCCUUACUGUGGUUUCUACUUUGAAACAUUAGCAGGGUUUUUGGGUCAGUUUGCUUACAAGUAAGUCAGGACAGGAGUUUACACGGCACACACGGUUACUGCUUCACGUCACGAUGAGUUUCUUUAGUUUUGGACAAAGUGCAGAGAUUGAUGUGGUCCUCAAUGACGCCGAGACGAGGAAGAAGACUGAACACAAGACUGAAGAUGGGAAGAAAGACAAAUACUUUCUCUUCUAUGACGGUGAGACUGUCAGUGGGAAGGUGAAUGUCACACUGAAGAACCCUGGCAAGAGGCUCGAGCACCAGGGCAUCAAGAUUGAAUUUGUGGGCCAAAUAGAGCUGUAUUACGACAGAGGAAACCAUCAUGAGUUUGUUUCCCUGGUGAAAGAUCUUGCAAGACCGGGUGAAAUAACUCAGUCGCAGACCUUCGACUUUGAGUUCACUCAUGUUGAAAAACCUUACGAGUCCUACACAGGCCAGAAUGUCAAGCUAAGAUAUUUUCUUCGUGCCACAGUGAUCAGAAGACUAAAUGACAUCAGUAAAGAGAUGGACAUCGUGGUCCACACGUUGAGCACUUACCCUGAGCUCAACUCCUCCAUCAAAAUGGAAGUUGGAAUUGAGGAUUGUCUCCACAUUGAGUUCGAGUACAACAAAUCCAAGUACCAUCUGAAAGAUGUAAUCGUGGGAAAAAUCUAUUUCCUGCUGGUGAGGAUUAAGAUUAAGCACAUGGAGAUUGACAUCAUCAAACGUGAGACAACAGGCACCGGCCCAAGUGUAUACCACGAAAAUGACACGAUCGCCAAGUAUGAGAUCAUGGACGGAGCUCCGGUCAGGGGAGAGUCCAUCCCAAUCCGGUUAUUCCUGGCUGGUUAUGAUCUGACUCCCACCAUGCGAGACAUCAACAAGAAGUUCUCUGUGCGGUAUUAUCUGAACCUGGUGCUGAUCGACGAGGAGGAGAGACGCUACUUCAAACAGCAGGAAAUCACACUGUGGAGGAAAGGUGACGUGGUGAGGAAGAGCAUGUCUCAUCAGGCCGCCAUCGCCUCUCAGCGGUUCGAGGGCUCGGCUGCCUCAGAGAGCGCCUUGGAACAGGCUGCAAAGGAGGAGAGCGGGUAGACGAGAGCCGCAGCCCUCCAGUCUCCUCUCACAAGACUCGUCUGCGUCAGAUUACCUGUCAACUGUACAACAUCUGGUGAAGCAGCUGUUUUAUUUGUAGCGGCUGCUGGUGGUGGUGGAGGGAGGAAGAAGGGAGACCGAUACACAGUAAUACAUUCAGUAUGUGAACAAUGAAACAGUUUGCAUGAGGCAUUCAAAGUGGCUUCAGGCUGCUGGUCUUGACCUUCCUCAUUAAUGCAUUUUUCUUUUCUUUAUGGGAAUCAAACUAAUCACCUGUCGCAAUGUACACUGUGUUAAAACCUUUCAUGUGAUAUAUGUUGAAUUUUUAAGCCUUCUGUCGGUUACUUUCAUGCUUUUUGGGAUAAAUUCAUUUCUAAUCUCUUUAAUUAAUGCAGUUGAAUUGUCAUGAAUUUUUCAGAAAUGUAUCUCCAACAUUCCACCAUUGUUGAAUGCAUUCCUAACACUGUUAUGAGGUCAAGAAAUCUGAGAUAACUUUGCACUGCUUUAACUUGCUGAACACAUUUUUCUCUUUGUGUGUGUUUGCACAAAAAAAAAAAAUAAUGAAAGCAGAAAAUUUCCUUUUUGAGCGAGAGGGCUGAAGUAUUAUGAUCUGUAAAUAAGACCAGCUAAAACCUUUUAUCCUGUUCCAGCUUGUGUACAUUGAUUAUGCAGUACAGGGUGCCACACGAUGACCUUUCAUGUUCAUAUGCUUUGCCUCGGCAUUCCAGCGGUGUUAGGAAAGGGUGUUUGUAUUAAGGUCCGAUAGUAUGAAGUCUUCUGUAUCCUCUUUAUUAGAGACUUGAAAGUUGUGCCUAAGUGUGUCAAGCAAAUGAAAUCCUCCUGCCUCUUUAACAUAAUUUUAGUCUUUUAACCAGAGAAAAAGUUACAGUAGAACUAUCUAUCUUUUGCAAAAUGCUAAUUAAUUAUUCCCUGUCCCUGAAAGUCAAAUAAAUUGAUGCCAAAUGGGAAAAAAA